AAAAAGUGAAGAUAAAAAACCUCUUCAUAAUAGUAGCAUGCCUGAUGGUUCCGAGCAUGAAAUAAACUAUAUAGAUAGUGAAGGUGUAAAAAGGCCUAAGGGAAUUAGGCGGGUUCUUCAAGAACGAGGUUUAUGGAAACAAGGCCUUUUAAAAAAGUGUAAUGAUUGUAAAAAAAAUAGGCCUGAUCCAAACAACCUAAACUGUUGUGCUUCGCGCAUUCUUUUAGCUCAAACCGAUUUUGCAACUCAAACAUCACGUAUACAAGAGAAUGAGCAAGAUGCCGGCUCUGUGGCUGCUUAUAUUUGGUGA